CUCAUUUAUAUUAUAAUUAUCAACUAAAAUCACUAUAAAAAGCAGAUCUUGAAAGGCACAACAUCAGUUGUAAGGAGCAUUUGCUAUGGUGCGACAAUUGAUUCUCGUCCUUUCUCUGAUCCUCUUUUGCGGCAGCUCACAUGCUAUUGUCAGUGAGUUGGCCCGUCAGACCGAGUCUGCCAUCCAAGGAUGGGCAGACAUAAAGAUGGCCCCUCUACGUUACUUAAAUGUUCUCUUUGGUGCUAAUCCCGGAGGACUUCGGGGUCUUAACGGUAGAAAUCUCGCACUUGAAGCUUCUUUAUCUACUGCUGCCAAUUUGCAAGUAGCUAAAUUAGUCAAAUUAUUGGCAAGUGGCAACCUAUUUCCAGGAGGUUAUUUCCCUUAUCCCGGAUAUGGUAAAAUUAUAGCUGAUGUGCCCAAGGGAAGCGACCUAAUCACUAUAAUCAAGAACCCACGGUCCUACGAUCCGUACUUAACUCCACCAGGUAUUCCUGGUUGGAAUAUUCCAGUUGGAUGGCCUCGUUAUCCAGGUUCUCCCCUUUGGCCAUGGGGCACAGAGAAACCUUCGCCGAUACGUCCCGAAGAUCUUUUCCCUGGUGAACCUCGACCGACACUACCUCCAGGUGGAAAUUUCCCUGGAUUUCCACCUUUCCCGGAUGUACCUCUACCUCCACCGGGAGGACCUCCACAUCAACCGGGUGGACCUCCAGAUCUAUCGGGUGGACCCCCAGAUCUACCGGGUGGACCUCCACAGCAACCCGGUGGACCUCCACAUCAACCAGGUGGACCUCAACGUCCACCAGGUGGACUUCCACCAUUACUACCUUUACUACCUUUCCCACCACGACUACAUGGAAUACCUGGACUACCUGGAAUACUUGGACUACCUAGACUACUUCAAGAAUGGAUACUGCGUGGUAUUUUGCCGAAAAGACCUGUUAUUAUUGGUCCGGGUGCAGAAGUUGACGUAGAUGCGACGGUAAAUAUAGGCGGCGGAUUCUUCGGAAACGGUGGACUACUCGGUACAGGAAUUUUUGGAAAAAAUGGACUUUUUGGAACUGGAUUUCUUAGUGGACCAUCAUUAGACCCCUUUGGCAUUUUCACCCCAAUCGGAAGUUUCUUUGGAGCACUGGGAAGCCUAUUUGGAUUUAGUCCGCCAGUACCGUUCUUUGGACCUUUCGGACCUUUCGGACGCGGAAUGGAGGGGUCUGUCACCUUGGAUGUCGGCGGCUACGUGCCAUGGCCAAAAAGCAUAUUGGCAGGAAUUUUGCAUCCUUUCCUGGGAUUUCUGGGAUAGUACCAAGGAAUCGAGUCUGCAAUAAAAAAUGGACCUGGCGGCUUAACGCUUAGUUUUAACAUUUAGUAUUAAGAAGCGACAAGUGUCGGGGUAAAAUAAAUAUUUGUCUUGGCCAAGCUUUGUAAUUUUAAACCCACUAAUAAAAGUAAGCAGCAUUCCAAUUGUAAA